AUGAACAACUCAUCACGGAUGUAUGUGCCGGCCCAUAACCAGGAAGAGGAGCCGCCGGCAUAUGAUACGUACGGAGACCCAUACUACACCGAACAUGAUUCUCCUCCGGCAGCAUCCCGUGCGCAUGGAGCUACUAUGCGAUUGCUGCCCACCAGCACAAUUGUAGAAAGUGAUUUGAGUGCCGACACGGGAGUUAGCUCAGAGUACCACUAUGGGGAUCCUUUUGUCGAUGACGGAGAAAGUGAACGCCAGCGAUACUAUCCCUAUGAGCCAACCGAGUCUCCUUCCCGGCCUGUAUCGAGUCUGGGAAAUGUACCAACCAUCCCCCCGCCAGCAGCAUCAACGGUAGAUGUCCCACACUAUACCUCUCGUCCGGGCUCUCCCACACGGCCUUGGUCGCCUAACCGUGUCGGGAACUGGGCUAGACCUCCAGCUCCCCCCUCGGUCGCAAGCUCGCAAUAUGAACGUGCAGAUCUCAAUGGUAGUCCACGACCAGGCACCCCCAGUUCAAGAUAUGGGGGAAGCCCUCGCCGUCCGUUGCCUCCAGCACCACUUUUCUCCGCCCCUGGUGGACACGAUGCGAACAUCCCGAUCAAUGACGCGGGCGACGAUGAUGUGUUCGGUGGUGGUGGGCGGACGAUUGACCCUAGAGCCGACAACAGAGCCAGCAUGCAAUCUUUUAUGAGCGAGUCUACGAUUAUUACAGAUGAGAAGGAUGCCAUGUCGAAAGUUGACUUGGACGAAGAAAUGGAAGAAACAGAUGAGAUGGUUGACCCGAACAUACAUUAUGGUCCGGCCCCCGAAAAGCAGAGCCGCCGAGGUGUUCGCGAGGCCCAGAUGUCCACGAAGGAAGUCCAAUUGAUCAACGGUGAACUGAUCUUGGAGUGCAAGAUCCCAACUAUCUUGCACUCUUUCUUGCCUCGUCGGGAUGACCGAGAAUUCACCCAUAUGCGGUACACUGCGGUUACCUGUGACCCCGAUGACUUCACGCAGCGAGGCUACAAGUUGCGACAACAGAUUGGCAGCACUAUGCGUGAAACUGAGUUGUUGAUUUGUAUCACGAUGUAUAACGAGGAUGAGAUUGGCUUCACUCGGACUAUGCAUGGUGUGAUGCAGAAUAUUACCCAUCUCUGCUCGCGAUCCAAGUCCCGUACUUGGGGUAAGGAUGGUUGGAAGAAGAUUGUGGUUUGCAUCAUUGCCGACGGUCGUAAGAAGGUGCAUCCACGGACCCUCAAUGCUUUGGCGGCUUUGGGUGUCUACCAGGAAGGUAUCGCCAAGAACGUCGUCAACCAGAAGCAGGUCAACGCACACGUCUACGAAUACACGACGCAAGUGUCGCUCGAUCCCGAUUUGAAGUUUAAGGGUGCUGAGAAGGGCAUUAUGCCGUGCCAGGUGCUCUUCUGUUUGAAGGAGCACAACAAGAAGAAGUUGAACUCACACCGUUGGUUCUUCAAUGCUUUUGGCCGAGCACUACAGCCGAACAUUUGCAUCCUGCUGGAUGUGGGUACCAAGCCUGCGCCUACCGCACUCUACCACCUCUGGAAAGCGUUCGACCAGAACUCAAACGUCGCUGGAGCGGCUGGUGAAAUUAAGGCUGGUAAAGGCAAGGGUAUGCUGGGUCUUCUGAACCCACUGGUUGCCAGUCAGAACUUCGAAUAUAAGAUGUCCAACAUUUUGGACAAGCCGCUGGAAUCUGUCUUCGGAUACAUUACUGUGCUUCCCGGAGCGCUCAGUGCGUAUCGGUUCUUCGCACUGCAAAACGACGCGGAGGGUAACGGCCCUCUGAACCAGUACUUUAAGGGAGAAACACUACACGGACAAGAUGCAGAUGUGUUCACUGCCAACAUGUACCUGGCAGAAGAUCGUAUUCUCUGCUGGGAGUUGGUAGCCAAGAGGGAAGAGCGCUGGGUCUUGAAGUUCGUGAAGAGUGCUGUUGGUGAAACCGACGUGCCAGACUCUAUUCCCGAGUUCAUCUCACAGAGAAGACGUUGGCUGAACGGUGCAUUCUUCGCGGCCGUGUACUCUAUCGUCAAUGGCAAGCAACUUUGGAAAACGGACCACUCGCUACCUCGGAAGAUUCUCCUCCAGAUCGAGGGUGCCUAUCAAUUCAUGCAGUUGAUCUUCACGUACUUUGGCUUGGCAAACUUCUACCUGGUAUUCUACUUCAUCGCUGGCUCACUUACCGACGACAAAAUCGAUCCGUUUGGUCACCAUAUCGGCAAAUACAUAUUCGUGAUUUUGAGAUACGCCUGUAUUCUGGUCAUGUGUCUGCAGUUCAUCAUUUCUAUGGGUAAUCGACCGCAAGGUGCCAAAAAGCUAUACUUGUCCGGCAUCAUCGUCUACUCAAUCAUCAUGUUCUACACGAUCUUCUGCACCAUGUACCUAGUGGUGAUCGAAAUUCUAGCACGAACGGGCGUUGAUACCGAUCUCGAAGUGAGCGAUGGCCUCUUUGUCAACAUCGUCAUGUCCCUCUUGUCAACAGUGGGCUUAUACUUCUACGCCUCCUUUCUCUACCUCGACCCCUGGCACAUGUUCACCUCCUCAGCAGCCUACUUCAUCAUGUUACCCAGCUACAUCUGCACCCUCCAAGUCUACGCCUUCUGCAACACGCACGAUGUCUCCUGGGGAACAAAAGGUGACAACGUCCUGAACAUGGAUCUGGGAGCGGCGCGCGUCAUCAACGGUACCACAGUCCAAAUCGAAAUGCCCUCCGAACAACUCGACAUUGACAGCGGCUACGACGCCGCGCUCCGCAACCUCCGCGACCGCGUCGAAGUCCCCGAGACCCCCGUCACCGAGAGCCAAAUGCAAGAAGACUACUACCGCGCCGUCCGCACAUACAUGGUCUCCAUCUGGAUGGUAGCCAACGUCGUCCUGGCCAUGGCCAUCUCCGAAGUCUACGGUCCCGACGCAGGCGGUACGAACGUCUACCUCGCCAUCAUCCUGUGGUCCGUGGUAGUGUUGGCCCUUAUUCGUGUCAUUGGAUCUACUACGUAUGCGAUCUUGCUUGUCGUGCAGAAGAUAGUAGAAGGGAAGACCAAGUUCGAUGCGGGUAAUCUGGCGAAUAUGAGCCAUGUUUCGGGCUCGAGCGGUGGGAGGAGUAGUACUGCGCUGAAGUAUGGUGGCGGAGUCAGUUUCAAGGACAAAUUCGCUGAGGCAAAGUGGUCUGCGAAGAGAGUGGCGGGUAAGGCUAUGUUUUGGAGGAAGUGA